AUGACUACACGACGAGAGGCACACUUUCAUGCCGUCUCGAUAGGGCGUGUCCAGGGUGCAUCUAUUGCCAGGAUCAGCUCUCGUGAUAAUCUAGCCACACAUCCACUCCUCUCUUCCAGUCCAUCUACCCUUUCCCCGAGUCCUACACCGGAAGCUCAGUCUUCCUCAAUACCAAAGUAUGUGCCAUACACGCCCAGACAGAAGUUGCCUACAACCAGCACCACUGCCCAACCGCCAGUUUCAGUCUCUCCGCAGCAUCAACUCACGGGCGGUGCGACUAGCAAGCUCCAGCUGAUGAACCUCAAGGCCGCAGCACAGGACAUUGGCCUUGAUGCUGCAUGUCUUGGGUGGGUAAUGUUAGAGAAACUAAGCCAAGAUGGAGAGACAGAAGAGUGGGCUGAAAUUUGGGGUGCCAUUACCAAGGGCAAGGCGUCGCUACUGCUCCCACUUGAGAAAUACUCAGGACAGGAGAAGAUCACGCCUGAUUUCAUGUCAGAUCAUGUGCUCAUGUGCAAUCCUUUAUCCAAAGAAAAUACUCAAGUGGUUACACUUUCUGGCUUGCGCGGACACUUAUCUAGCGAAAAUUUGACGUUUCGCUCCUCACUCCCGCCCACGAAGUUACCCGAUAUCACACUCUCAUCUCUUCCUCCACUCCCUUCAAUUCCAUCAGACUCUGGAUACCCCUCAUAUGCAGUCCCAGCACACAGCACCUCCAUCCCAAUUCAAGUUCGUCCACCAAAGCCACCCUUACCUCCGCGACCCACACCUGCUACCCAACCUUCGCGCCUCGCCAUGCCUUUCGCUUCUCUAUUUGGCGCCAAGCCCACGACCACACCCCCAACAAUCGCUGCUCCCCUCCCACCCAUACAGACGCCAUCAAUACCUCCCCCAGAGGAUCAUCCCAUUCUCAUCAGUGCAUUCAGUAUUUCCCGUGCGGUAUAUCGACAUGAUGUGAUGCGAGACGUUCUUGCUGCGCUUAAGUCUGAGCUCACAUCGACUCUUGAAACGGCUGGUGUCCCGGCAAUGAUCAUCGAGCGCAUACAAUCCUUUGCGUCCCCAUUGCUUCCGUUUGUGAGAGGUCCUGCUGGGAAGAAGAAACUUCACGAUAUUGGCGCAAGCCCAAGUAAAUACGGAACAUGGGCCGUCAAUCUCGAUGCAGGGAAAGAUCGCUCCGAAGAAUUGGCUGAGAAAUUUCAGGAGUUCUAUUUGGAAUUGGAGGGAGAAGUACGAACUGAAAUUGAGAAAGAGAAAGGCGAGGCAUCGGAAGAAGAAAAAGAGUCCAGGGUUAAGGAGCUCGUUGAGGUGGUGGAGGGGGCUCUAUCUACCUUGUUUUAUGAUCGACUAUUCCUUCCAUCUCACUCUGAUGACGCCUCGCAUGACGAAGCACUAUCAAGCCACGUUGCAGCUCUCAACGUUCUUGAUCUGGGGCUCGAGCAUCUUGACGUUGAUGUUGGCAGCGCUGGGUCCGAGAUCGAUGUCGUAGUCCGAGCGUGUGGAGAGACAUUAUCUCAGCUAGACGUAUCCUGUAGAUCUCCCGGUGACAAGGCAGCUGUGUUGGUUGCAGUGCACAAGCUCAUAGUAGAUGGGCUUUCCCGCCUUCCUCCGAUUAAACUCAGCAAUGGUGAAAAACAGCAUGAGGAACACGCGCCGCUGCAGCGAAAAGCGACUCCACCCCCAGAAUCGAUCGAAGUUGUGGAUGUCGCACUCGUUGCUUCUCCCGAUGCGUUAUUCUCACCCAAUCUACAAUCCGAUGGGGAUGCAGCUCAUGGGUCACCCGAGAAGUUGUCUCUCUCGCCUAGUGUCACGUCCCCACAGGCGCCAUAUUCGACUACAGUACUCUCCUCCAUCCCCGUACCACCUCGCGCUUCCUCGCCCCGACCGACCAUCUCCCAUGUCCAAGAGCCGACGACAGUAUCAGGCGAUGUCCUCCUCCCACUUCUCAUAUUUGCCGUUGUCAAAUCAAAUCCCGCACGCCUGGUCUCGCACCUUCUGUUCACGCAGCGUUAUCGUAAUGCUGCAUUCGCUGGUGGAGAGGAGCGGUACUGUUUGAUCAAUUUGAUGGCUGUUGUGGAAUUUUUGGAGAAUGUGGAUCUUGGUGCUGUGGGUGUUGGAGGCAUUGGUAUUGUUAGCACCGCGCACCUCACCCCAAUUCCAAUCGUGCGUACUACACUUCCACUAGAUGUACCUGUAGACGCGCCUGGUGGCCUCCGCGGACGCGUAGAACAAGGCGUUGACGCCAUCGCAGGGUCUGCUAAUAAAGUCAUCUCCGGCGUCGUUGACAGCUCAUUCGGCGUACUCCGCUCAUUCUUACCAUCUGCCCCCACCUCAGCAUCUGUUCCGACUCCAGCACCCACCCUGACCUCAACAUUCACGUCUGCUCCCAUCACAGAGACCAGUGACACGCGGUGGAAUAUGGGGCUGUUGAGGCGAGAGAGCGGGUUCUCGAUUGCAAGUUUGGUACCAGGGAGGAAGGGAGAUGGGAAGGGGGAGGGGGAGGAUGGGCAGAGGGAGCUCGUGGCGGUAUCGUCGCGCCCGGGUUCCAUACACUCGAUUUAUGUGAAUGAAGAUGCGGGGGUGGAAGAGACGGAGGACGAGAGUGAAGCGAGUGACGAGGAGGAGGAAGAUGGUGAGGAAGAUGAAGAUGAAGAUGAAAGUGAGGAAGAACACGCCCAUGAUGCAAAAAGCAUUCGAAGCUUCGAGAGCAUGAUGAGCGGGAAUAGCGGGAAAGCACGAAAAAAGAAGAGAAAACUUUCUUCGCUCAGCAGGAAGAGCUUGACGGACCGGUUGGCGCAGGUGCCAGGGCUUUCAAGGCUGUCAGGAACGGAUAUACACAAGACGGUAUCACCCCCAAUCACACGCUCCUCACUGUUGCUCCCCUCGCACCACAACCGCUUCGAUUCACCGGCAUCAUCACGUGCGCCUUCUCCCAUUUCUAUACGGCUUCCCGCGCCUAGCAAGCGGUUUAUGGAGUGCGCGGAGGAUGAUUUGAGAGUGUCAGAGGUGGGGGAGUUGUUGAGGGAGUAUAGACGAUUAGUGGAAGGUGUGCGGGCUAUGGGUGCGUUUGAUGAGUAA